CACGAUGCAGCGCGGCCGGCCGCAUACAACAUAGCCAUCUUGAGGGAGGGCGCUGUUGGCGCUGUUAAGAUUAACAAUUUGUUUCAAGCGUUAAAAAACAAAAGCUCAUUUCGCCUUCUACCGCAGAUAGUCCCGGAGCAAGUGUCGCCGAAGAACGACUCACAGCCGGUGAAGUGAGCGGAAACGCUUUCGGGGAGAUGUCUCACAUACUUGUACCGACGUAGGGGGAGUGUGCGGCGGCAGCCACUCGGCUUGUUAGCUAGCUCAGUAAGUGAAGGACCGCAGGGCCUCCUCGGGCUCAAGUAGCUCCUACAGCCGGCCGACACACUUUAGGACAACGGCGGGUCAACAAGUGGACAGCCGGGACAUUAACAGGCCGACCCGGACGGAGUAAAGACUCGGGCUUCUGUCUGUCUGUUGCUGCCGGACGAGACGGCGCGAAGUGUGGCGUCGCUCGGUGAGCUCAUGAAACGCAACAGGAGACCGAGAGAGGAAGAGGAUGGCGCAGAUUCAUCUUGACUACAGCUAAGUAGGAAGAGGGAAAUAGAUGCGAGUGUGCUCUUUAUGAUGAUCUGAGCUCUUAAAGCUUCAAAAACAGCUCGUGUCUUGUUUUUGUUUUUGUUGUUUUUGUUUAUUUGGAUGGAGGACAAACUGAGACACUCGGGACCCGGAAUCACGCCGCCCAACAUGUCGAAGAUGCCGGCGAAGAAGAAGAGCUGCUUUCAGAUUACGAGCGUGACUCAGGCCCAGGUGGCGGCUGUAGGGGCCGCGGACGACACGGAGAGUCUGGACGACCCGGACGAGUCGCGGACUGAAGACGUGUCGUCGGAGAUCUUCGACAUGUCGCGGGCCGAAUACGAACCGGCUUGUGAGAGAAGCUCGUCCGAAGAAGCGCUGAACAACGCCGGGGAGGCGGAGGUGGUCAGCGCGGCGUCCUCAAACGCCCCUCAGUCCGGUCUACCCGGGCUGGUGAGCAAUCCGGUCGGGGAUGCGAGGAAAGUUGGCGUGUCUGGUUCUAGUCAAGGUGCUCAGAACCCACCCGGGACUGGUUUAGUCUCGACCACUCAGCAUCAGCCCCCCGGUAUGUCUGCCAACGCAUCUGCAGCUGCUGCCGCCUCCACGGUGAGCUGCUCCUCGCGCUUCAGGGUCAUCAAACUGGACCACGGUACUGGAGAACCUUUUCGAAGAGGCAGGUGGACUUGUACAGAGUUUUAUGAGAAGGACUCGGAGGCCUUGCAUGGUGGUAGAACUGUAGACAGCAUCAGACACUCCAGUGUCAGCCAGGACCCCGCCGCGGACCGGGACAGUGGGCUCGGACCGUCGGUGGGCUCUGUGGUUUCUCCAGGAACCCACUCGAGCUCCACGGCGGAGACGUCUGUCCCUUCCUCUCGUCUGCACCCGGCGGAGACGCCGCCGCAGCAGGUCCUGCAUCAGAGCUACGUGACCCAGCAGGCCGGACUCGGCGCUUCGGCCGCGCACGCUUCUUUCCCCGGCAUCAAGCCCGCAGCGGUUCCAGCUCCGUCAGCAGUCGGAGUUCCCCAGCCGCACCUCGCACAGAGCGUGCUUCCCGUGGGUCAGAACGGCCCGCCCCACCCUGACCUCCUCCUGCAGAAGUCCCCCAUCAUGCCUCCGUUGUACACGCCCCAGCAGCAGGUUCCUCUGGGUCACCACAUGACCGGACCGCCGUCAGGACUGCUGCAGCACCAGACGGAGUACUAUCAGCAGCAACCGAUGCCAGCAGUGCAGUCUGGUGUCCAGUCCCUGCCGGUGUCCAGCCUCUCUGCGGGGACAGUUGGACUAGUCCCUGCUCCGGUGAUGUCCCCUGCUUCUGGAGCAGCUUCGGCGCCAAGUCAGGUUGAAGAUGUUCCUGGAGCACUGGGGGGAUCMGUGUCCUUGCAGCAGACUGUAGGGUUCGGAGGUAAUGGGGGCUCCAUACUGGUCGCUGCUGGAUCAGGUCUGCCCCAGCAGGCCCCCGGUCAGUUUCCCACCACAGCACAACCGCAGCCCCUGUCUUCUGGUGUGCAGAACGUGCCUGCUAUGGCGGUGGGUUCUAGUGUGCCCGUCAGCGUGCCCACUGCUGUGCUCAGUGCCUCCAGUGCAGCCAUGCCAAAUGUGACGAGCUCCAGUUUGCCUCCCGCUCAGAUGGCUCACAGCAUGGCCCCCGUGGCUCUGGGGGUGCAGGGCCUCCCGGUGGCUGGAUUUGGACAGGCGGAGGGCGCCGGUGGUGGGAGGAAGUCGGAGGGAAUCAUCGUUGCGCAGUCUCCGGUUGUGUCCGGGAGGGAGGUGGUGAAGCCCUUCACGCCUGAGAGCCUGAAUCUCAACACCCCGACUGUCAACAGCCUGUUUGGAAUCCAUAUACCUGUUGACGGGGAGGAGGACAGGAACCCCUCCACGGCUUUCUACCAGGCCUUCCAGUCUGGAAGCAGAUUAAGAGACCCAAAGGUCCGCACUGAUAGUGCCUCUGGAGCCAACGUAGUUGCCAUUGAUAAUAAAAUUGAACAGGCAAUGGACCUGGUGAAAAGCCAUCUGAUGUACGCGGUGCGUGAAGAGGUGGAGGUCUUGAAGGAGCAGAUCAAGGAGCUGACUGAGAGGAACUCUGUUUUGGACCYGGAGAACAUCGUGCUGAGGUCUCUGUUGAACAGCGAGCAGCUGUCUCAGAUGUCCACCCAGACGCCCACCGCCGCCGCCGCCGCCAUCCCCGCCUCCUCCGGCUCCACGCCGCCACAGCAGGGACUCAGCCACCCUCAGCUCCAGCAGCAUCACCCCAAACCCCAGCAGCUUCAGACGCCUCAGUCCCAGACUCAGCUGGAUGCUGGACAACAACCCAACAUCACCUCAGCUUGAAGAGCACCUGGCCUGCACCGGACCGGACACACAGWAGAGCAUCGUCUCGUACAACUCGUCAUAUUUAGUGUUUGUGAAAUUCAGAAGAAACAAACUUUGUCCUUAGCCACCAGCUUGACCACAGAGUACAGUGUGUGUGUGUGUGUGUGUGAGAGAGAGUGAAUGAGUGUGUGUGUGUGUGUGUGUGUGUGUGCAUCUGUACUGUGGGCCUUUCCAGUGUUAAUGCAAUCAUUGAGGGACUUGUAAGUGUGGAGGAGCUUGUGGGUGGGUUGUGGGGUCUUGGUUUCAUCUUUAGGAUCUGUUCUAAACUAAACCAAACCUCCCAGUUUGACCUGAAACCUGCUGAAAGGAGCUGCACACAGGUGUGUGUAGAGGACGAACACCGCUGUGAUUGUUGAAAGUGUUUUUUUGUUUUUUGUAAGUUCUUUUUAAAGACAUGGCGUGGGUAGGUGGGUCUCUUUAGUCUGGUUGUUUCAAGUUGUGAUCUGAGAACUGGGAGCGUCUUUUUGUUGUUUUUUGUUGUUUUCUCGGAGCGCCACACCCCUGCCGUUACUUUCUCAUCAACUCUUGCAUCUGUCUUUUUUUUUAGUUCUACUGUUAUAAGUGUUUUAUUUAUUACAGGGCUGCUACUUUCACGAAUGAACAAUUUCUAUUGAACCGUGGCCCGUCUCCUUUUUUUCUUCUACAGUGUUUUAACAGAUCGGCCAAACGUCCAUCACUCUGUGGUGGUUUAAAAAAAAAUCUGACAAAUGUUCAACACUAACUCCGAUAUUACGCUGCGAUUGCCAAUUCAUUAGCUUGAGCCCAACUGAAUGUAAAUUUUUGUACAGCAUAAAGUAUUACAAGCCUUGACGGGCAACAUCAGAUGUUUAUAGAAGCCAGCAGAGGGGGGCGGGGCUGUUCUGUUCAAGAAAGCUCAAUUAGUUGAUCUUAAAGCGAAUUAGUAUUACCAUACCCUCCUCGCAUUUUAUUCCCUCCGCUGGUUUUCCCAGUGGUGAGUGGGAGGAGGGGGGCGUGAAGCUGUGAAAUCAUUCAUACAACGUACGUCAACCAAAGAUGCAAAGCUGUGUAAAACUGAUUACUUUUGAUGCAAAUGCACACGUGUAUUUUUUAUUUUAUUUUUAUUUUUUGUUACUUCUUCCUUCACGAGAGAUUUUUGUUGCUGUUCAGCAUGUUCUGCAUGAUCUGUAAUCUUCAAACCACUUUCUUACCUCAUUUUUAUUCAGCACUCUUAUUGUAAGAUAGUCUGUGAACAGUGUAAAUGGGGGAGGGUUCUGGUCGGGUAGGGGGGCGGGGCUUGUUGUUGCUUAACAGCGAGUUGAAAAUAAACCUAGUGUUGCCGACACUAGUGGCAGAAAAAUGAAGUGAGCCAUGUUUUGUUCAUUUACUGGUGUUUGAAUUUCAUAAUGCCAAUAGUUUUGUUACUUUGCAAAUUUUAAUGUAUUUAAAUAAAAGCAAUAUUCAGAUUCCA